AUGCACUCCUUCCGUGCCAUCGUGCUUCUUGUCGCUCUCUUGGCUGCCGUCGUCCUUGCACGGCCCGCCCCGACCAAGACCACCGAGGCCACCAAGACCCUUGGAAAGCGCUCGUUCAAGGUUCCCCGCAGCCUUAACCCCAAGAUCAAGAGGAAGGAUGGCGCCGCCGCCAUGCGCAAGGCCAUGCGUAAGUUCGGCUUCAAGCACAGGGCUGCCGCCGCCGCUGCCGCGACCCCGGCUGCCAACACCACCGGGGGCACCGAGAACGGCGAGGUUGCCGCGAACCCCGAGGAGAACGAGGCCCUCUUCCUGUCACCCGUGAAGGUCGGCGGCCAGACCAUGAACCUGGACUUUGACUCUGGCAGCAGUGAUCUCUGGGUCUUCAGCACGCAGCUUUCCAAGCAAGCCAUUGGCGCCCAUGCGGCCUUCGAUUCCACCAAGAGCAAGUCCUUCCAGGCCAUGGAUGGUGCCAGUUUCCUCAUCACCUACGGCGAUGGCAGCGGCGCCGCCGGCACCGUUGGCCUCGACACCGUCGACAUCGGCGGCGCUACCGUCACCAAGCAGGCCAUCGAGAUGGCCACUGCCGUUUCGCAGUCGUUCGUCCAGGACACCAACACUGAUGGUCUUGUGGGCCUUGCUUUCAGCAAGAUCAACACCGUCAAGCCCCAGCAGCAGAAAACCUUCUUCGACAACAUCAUGAACGACCUCGAGCAGCCCGUCUUCACUGCUGAUCUGACAAACGAUACCACCGGCACCUACGAAUUCGGCAAAAUCGACAACACCAAGUUCAAGGGCGAGCUGACUUACACCGCCGUGAACAGCAGCCAAGGUUUCUGGCAGUUUCCGUCCAAGUCUUUCAUGGUCGAUGGCCAGAAGAUGGAGAACACCGUUGGCAGCGACGCCAUCGCUGACACUGGUACCUCUCUGCUGAUGGUCGACGACAACGUCGCUAAGGCCUACUAUGCGAAGGUCAAGGGUGCCGUCAACGACCCCCAGGCUGGUGGAUUCGUCUACCCCUGCGACGCCGCAAUGCCUGAUAUCGCCGUCGCCGUUGGCGACUACAUGGCAAACAUCCCUGGCGAUCAGGUCACCUUCGCUCCCGUUGACGACGCCGGCACCAUGUGCUUUGGUGGUGUUCAAGGCAACCAGGGCGCCGACCUUCAGAUCUUCGGUGACACCAUGUUCAAGGCCCAGUUUGUUGCCUUCAACGGCGGCAACCAGUCCCUUGGCAUGGCGCCGAAGAACUAA